AUCCGUCCAAGAUGGCAAGCCCGUUCAGCCCCGAGUACACGCACUGCUACGCCGAUCUCAACGGCAUCCGCCUCCAUUACGUCGACGUGGGCCCUCGUGACGGGAUCCCAGUCGUCUUGCUCCAUGGCUGGCCGGACCUUUGGUGGGGCUGGCGGCACCAGAUCCAGGCUCUGCGUGCCACCUACCGCGUGAUCGUCCCAGACCAGCGCGGGUUUGGCGCCACGACGUCGCCGGACGCGUACGAAGCCUACCGCAAGUCGAUCGUUGCGCACGACUACGCGCUUCUUCUUGAUCAUCUGGGUUUGCCUCGCGCCGUGUUUCUCGGGCACGACUGGGGCGGCGCCGUCGCGUGGGCCAUGGCCCAAUUCUACCCAUCCCGCGUCCUCGCCGUGGGGGCCAUUUGCACGCCGUACAUCCCGCAGCCUCGAGCGUACGUGCCGCUCGAGAUGAUUGCCGCUGUGAAGCCGUCGUUCCGCUACCAGCUGCUCCUCCAGGCGCCGUCGACCGCCGCGCUCUUUGACGCACAUGCGGAAAACGUCUUUACGCUCGCGUACGGUGGUCUGCCGCUCAAUGCACCGAGCAAGGACCUCCAUGACGUCAUGGCGUCCGUCGCGACGCUGGCGUUUGCGCCCGGUGGUCUUCCGCUUUCGUCCGACGACAUGGCCUACUACGUGGCCGAGUACGCUCGCCAAGGCUUUGCGAAAAGCCUGAAUUGGUACCAAACGACCGAGCUCGACUGGAUCGACGCCCAUGGGCUCGAACGCGUGAUCCCACACAACGCGCUCUUCAUUUCGGCCGGCAAGGAUCCGGUCUUGCGUCCCGAAUUCAGCGCCGGCAUGGAGAAAUGGCUGCCCAACUUGACCCGCGGCCACGUACCAAACGGUACGCACUGGGUACUCUGGGAGUUCCCGGACGAGGUCAACGCGAUGGUAAAGUCGUGGCUGGCGUCCCUGGGAGGCCGCGCCAAAAUGUAAGAACAUCUGGUGCCGUCGGCCGCUGCUUCGACGCCAUCACUCGUCAGACUACAACCACGAGGAUACAUUUAUGUCCAGCAUAACUCUUUCAGCGGCUUUUCCCUCGUUUUCCCGCAACCGAGUGAAU